AUGAACCCAGGAAGCCGCUGCAGGACUGCAGAUGUGGAAAAGAUCGGGGAGAAACUGCGGUUGUCGCCAUAUUGUUGCCGCUAUCUUCCCCCUCAGUGCGAGCGGUUUCCCUGCAUAAUUGAUGACUCUCAGCAGAAUGCGAGGGAGUGUCGGAGCGUGGUUCACAAACCAGAGCUCGCCGGGCUCCGAGAUGAGCCUGGAGGAGACCGUGCACAGGAAACGUGCACGUGGUUGUCUCUGCCAGGACGCACUGGCUCACCUGUGAUUAGACUGGCUCUUGAAGGGGCGUGGCCCUGGCAGGUCAGUAUCCAGAUCAAGUCCAGGCACCACUGUGGCGGGACGAUCCUCAACCGCCUCUGGGUGCUAACUGCUACGCACUGCUUCUACAAAUACCUUUGGAUUAGCAGAGCCCAUUUCCGUGUGGUGGCAGGACUUCAUGUGUUAUCCGCUCCAGGAGAUUACGUUCAGAUUUGCUCCAUCAAUGAAGUCAAAAUGCACGAGGACUACGAUGACGUCACGCCUGACAACGAUGUGACACUGGUGCUCCUCGGCUCUCCCUUCAACUUCACUGAGCAUGUCCAGCCCGUCUGUACUCCUCACAAUGUGUCCCAUGAGUUCAUCGUCAACUUCAGCUACUCUUUCAUCACUGGGCCGAUGAACAGAUUGCAGGAAGCUGAGUUGGAGCUCAUUGACAGGAGAACCUGUAACAUGAUCACCUGGUACGAGGGCCCCGUCACUGGAAACAUGAUCUGUGCUGGACCGGAGAGCGGGUCGGCCGAUACUUGCCAGGGUGACAGCGGAGGUCCUCUGCAGUGUUACCGCGAGGACGAGGAGAGGUUUUAUGUGGUCGGAGUGACAAGCUUCGGGGAAGAGUGUGGACGUCCUCACAGGCCGGGGGUGUACGCACGAACCAGCAGGUUUGCAGGUUGGCUGGAGACAAGUCAGACAACAUCAGUGUCUGCUGCACACAGACUGAACGCAAGACUGAUCUCAGCUCUGCUCAGUGCUGCUCUGACACUAGUCUGA